AACUAGGGUCAUUGUCGGACAAGUCCCUUAGUAUGCUGGAAUUUUGGUGCUAUGGCGCCAGGUGGUUAACUUUUUUUCUUUUUCUUUUUUCUUCUCUGAGAUAAAAAUCCAUUAAAAGAGGACCCAAAAGGCAUUAACAACCAAUUGAUGCUUCCCACUGCGGCUUUUUUCUUUUUUUUUAUUUUUUUUUUCUUAAGACUGCGGCUGCCUAAGAGGUGGAUCGCCAUCUGGACUUCGUAGAUCUUCAACAGUAGCCGUAAAAGGCAUUAACAACCAACUGAAGCUUCAGAGAGGGUACUCUCGCAACCUGCUGAUUCAUUUGGAGAAGAAUCUAGAGCUAUAAACUCAACCAUCGUACUGAAAAAGAAGAUGCUAUGUCUCUUUUGGCUCUAGAAAUAGAAAUAUUAUUGCCCCCAUGAGAGUAGAGUUGUCAAACACUAUAUGCAACAAACAAAAGUUGAAUAACACGGUGCAAUGAAUCUCGAAUUAGGGAUGUCAGGCGGCGGGUUUUCACGGGUACCCGAUCCGUCCAAACCCUAUUAGGACGGAUUUGGGUUUUUACAAAACGGAUUUGGGCGGAUUUGGGUUUGAAAAAUUUUACCCGUCUCGGAUUCGGGUAGGGUUCGGAAUUAGACUAUCGGAUAUCCGUUACCCGAACCCGAUUAGUAUAUAACAAAACUAACCCUAACCCUAAUUCUUAAUUCUUUUUUUUUUUUUUUCAUUUUCACUUCACUCUCUCCGUCUCUCCCUGAUUCCCUUCCCAUAAUUCCUAAUCGGCCUCUCUCCUCCACUUCACUGAUGACUGCCGGCGCAGGCCGGUCAGUACAGGCGACAUCUUCUCUCUCAGUCAUCAAUAUCUCCUUCUCUCUCCAGUUCGCUAACAUCUCCCACAGUCCCACUUUCCAGUCAACGCCUCUCUCCCCCAUUUCACUGACGAGUGCCGGCAGCCCAAUCGACACCGGCGAUAUCUCCUUUCUCUCCCCCUCUCUCCCGAUAUCUCCUUCUCUCUCCAGUGGCCACAUCUCCCACUUCUCAGUCGGAGACAACUCUUCCCUCUCCCCCACUUCACCGAUGACUGCUGAAGAUAACCCUUGCCUCUCCACAAUCGGCGUCGGCGACAUCUCCUUUGGCUGGAAUUCUCUUCAGUUUCACAGAAGCAUCACUCUCUUUUGAGGCUUAGAGGUUCCCAUUAGAAAUGCUGAAUACUCCAAUGAAUCACUUCAUUAACAGCAUGUCUUCGUACGACAGUAACAUAAUGCUGGCUGCUGUGAUAUCUCUCCUUGUGGUUAUUCUCUUUGUGUUACUUCUUCACAUCUACGCCAAAUGGUUCUUGGAUCAAGCUCGCCAUAGAAGAAGAUCAAGCUCCGUCUCUGUAUCUCACGUUCUACGUCCUUCAAGAUUCCACUCAUUUACUCUCGACCCCUUCCCUUCGGGUCUUGCGCCAUCAAUCAUCUCUUCCAUUCCAUUGUUUGUUUACAGAGCUGAAGAGCAUGAACAAGGUUUGGAAUGCGUCAUCUGUUUAAGCGUUUUUGAGGAAAAUGAGAUUGGCAGGAGCUUAAUAAAAUGUGGGCAUGAUUUUCACGUUGAGUGCAUUGACAUGUGGUUGAUUUCCCACUCAAGUUGUCCAAUUUGCAGAGCUCCGGCGGUGGUGGGUGACACUGCAAAUGAAGCCAAGUGUAUGGAGCCAGUUGAGGCUGGUUUAGAUAGUGAGGAGUCUAGAGUGGAGAUUGGGAUUGAUGUUUCGAAUUCUGAAAAUGAGAAUGGGAAUGGAAAUAACAAUAUUCAAGUAAAUUAUGAUUCACCAUCAUCAUCAUCAUCGUCGUCGUCGUCUCUGGGUUGUUCUUUGAAGAGAAUGUUGAGUAGGAAUAGAUCAGAAAGAAAGGUUUUCUCAUCUUGUAAUAAUGAUUCUGAAAUUAAUGUGUGAGAUAUUAAAUGUUGUUUUCCUCAUUUUGUUGAAGAGGUGGGAUUCCAAUUCCAAUUCCAAUUAA